UCACACCCUCUCUCUCUAUCUCUUUGCACCCCUUCACACUUCCCUGCUUUCUCUCUCUCUCUAUCUUCUUCUCGUAUCUGUAAUUUCACAAGAGAGGGGCGGGAAGAAAGAAAAGGAAAGGAAAGGCUCCACCAUGGACAAGCUAAACAAGUUCCUAGAGAGCUCCAAACCCUACUUCGCCAUGAUCUCCUUGCAGUUCGGAUACGCCGGCAUGAACAUCAUCACCAAGGUCUCCCUCAACCACGGCAUGAGCCACUACGUGCUCGUUGUCUACCGCCAUGCCUUCGCCACCGCAGUCAUCGCCCCCUUCGCCCUCAUCUUCGAGAGGAGGAAGCAACCCAAGAUCACGUUCCCUGUUUUCAUGCAAAUAUUCGUCCUGGCACUACUUGGACCCGUGAUCGAUCAAAACUUCUACUACGCCGGGCUGAAGCUCACUUCUCCAACUUUCUCGUGCGCCAUGAGCAAUAUGCUUCCCGCCAUGACGUUCGUGAUGGCUGUCAUUUUCAGGAUGGAAAAGAUCGAUUUGAAGAGAGUGAAGUGCCAAGCGAAAAUCAUAGGGACGGUGGUGACCGUAGGAGGGGCCAUGCUGAUGACGCUGUACAAGGGUCCGCUCAUCGAGAUGGUCUGGCCGCAUGUGCACCCCCAGCAAUCUGCCACCUCUGGCGGCGGCGGCGGCACCUCCGACAAGGACUGGUUCCUCGGCUCCAUCCUCCUCAUCAUCGCCACUCUGGCAUGGGCUUCUCUCUUCGUCCUCCAAACCAAAGCCUUGGAGACAUACAGGAACCACCAGCUCUCGCUCACGUCGAUGGUGUGCUUUGUGGGAACUCUACAAGCGAUCGCAGUGACGUUCGUCAUGGAGCACCGAUCUGGUGUCUGGAAGGUCGGCUGGGACAUGAACCUCCUCGCUGCCGCCUAUGCUGGAGUUGUGACAUCAAGCAUUUCAUACUAUGUGCAAGGCCUGGUGAUCAAGAAACGAGGGCCGGUCUUCGCAACCGCUUUUAGCCCCUUGAUGAUGAUCAUCGUCGCCAUCAUGGGCUCUUUCAUCCUUGCAGAGAAGAUUUACCUUGGAGGGGUGCUUGGAGCAGCUCUGAUAGUUAUCGGGCUCUACUCCGUCCUGUGGGGCAAACACAAGGAGAAGCAAGCGGAGGAGAGGUUGAAGCAACUGGAGAUCAUACCGGAGGUGGUGAAGGGAGUUCUAGAAAAGGGGAAUCAUGUGGUCCCCGGAGCCCCGAAAAACGACCUCGGAGACGACAUCGAAAUGAACGGCGUGGAGCCGCAGAAAGCCGAGGCCAUCAAGCUCUCUGCUGUUGUUAUCACCAUGCCCAUGAAAGCUCCCCAAAUGAUGCCCAAGGAAUAGUGACCUUCUUUGGGAGGGUUCCGGGCUUUUUUGUCCUUUCAACCCCCAUUUUCUCCUCUUCUUUUUCCCCCAACUUUUUUUUUUUCCUUUUAUUCUCCUUAUUUUUCUCUUUUGUUCCUCUUUAAUUUUCUGAUGCUGGAAUGGAAUGUGACGAUGAACAUAUAAGCUGAAGAUGUUCCUAGAGUACUUGUACUAAUGAAGAUUUGAGAGAAUCCCAGAAUCUCUUUUCCCCCCC